ACAUGAUUUAUGUAACCAAAAUAAAUUUCAAAUAUUAUUGAUCAUAAGUAACGAUAGUACUAUAAAUAACUGGCUAAAAAAUAUAAUAAUUAAUAUAAAUUCUAAUCGAACAUAAUAUACAGAAUAUUCUAGUUACAGUAGUAACCUUAGUAAUCAUACAAACAUAUAAAAAAAAAAUUAUUAUUACCUUUUCAAUUUAAAUAAACUGUUAUUUAAUAAGACUAAAAUACUAGUGAUAACAAAGACUUUUCCGAUUUGGUAUAACCAACGUUGGUGACUAGAUGUUUAAUAAAAACGGAAAAUUGAUAAAGCACCUACAGACUCAUGCCAGACAAAAACCGUACACGUGUGACGUAUGUGACAAGUCAUUCAGUCAAAGUGGCUCCUUGUUGGUACAUCAGCGGACGCACGCAGAAGAGAAACCGUACCUAUGCGAUAUUUGUGAUAGGUCGUUCAGUAAUAAAGGAGAAUUGAUGGCGCAUUAUAGGACGCACCCAGGAGAGAAACCGUACCAAUGUGACGUGUGCGAUAAGUCAUUUUCAGUUAGCAGCAGUCUAACUAAGCACCGGAGGACACAUACUGGAGAAAAACCGUACCAGUGUGACGUGUGCGAUAAGUCAUUCAGUAAUAAUGGUGACUUGAAGAGACACCAGCGGACCCACACAGGAGAGAAACCGUACCAAUGUGACGUGUGCGAUAAGUCAUUUUCAGUCAAAAGCAGUCUAACUAUACACCGGAGGACACAUACUGGAGAAAAACCGUACCAGUGUGACGUGUGCGAUAAGUCAUUCAGUAAUAAUGGUGCCUUGAUUAUACACCGGCGGACCCACACAGGAGAGAAACCGUACCAAUGUGACGUGUGCGAUAAGUCAUUUUCAGUUAGCAGCAGUCUAACUAUACACCGGAGGACACAUACUGGAGAAAAACCGUACCAGUGUGACGUGUGCGAUAAGUCAUUCAGUAAUAAUGGUGACUUGAAGAGACACCAGCGGACCCACACAGGAGAGAAAUCGCACCAAUGUGACGUGUGCGAUAAGUCAUUUUCAGUUAGCAGCAGUCUAACUAAGCACCGGAGGACACAUACUGGAGAAAAACCGUACCAGUGUGACGUGUGCGAUAAGUCAUUUACAGUUAGCAGCCAACUAACUAUGCAUCGGAGGACACAUACUGGAGAAAAACCGUACCAGUGUGACGUGUGCGAUAAGUCAUUCAGUCAUAGUGGACAUUUGACGAAUCACCGGCGAAUGCACACAGGAGACAAACCGUACUUUUGCGACGUUUGUGACAAGUCAUUCAUUAAUAGUGGUGCCUUGAUUAAACACCGGCGGACCCACACAAGAGAGAAACCGUACAUUUGUGACGUGUGUGACAUGUCAUUUUCAGUUAGCAGCAGUCUAACUAUACACCGGAGGACACAUACUGGAGAAAAACCGUACCAGUGUGACGUGUGCGAUAAGUCAUUCAGUAAUAAUGGUGCCUUGAUUAAACACCGGCGGACCCACACAGGAGAGAAACCGUACAUUUGUGACGUGUGUGACAUGUCAUUUUCAGUUAGCAGCAGUCUAACUAAGCACCGGAGGACACAUACUGGAGAAAAACCGUACCAGUGUGACGUGUGCGAUAAGUCAUUUACAGUUAGCAGCCAACUAACUAUGCAUCGGAGGACACACACAGGAGACAAACCGUACUUUUGUGACGUUUGUGACAAGUCAUUCAUUAAUAGUAGUGCCUUGAUUAGGCACCGGCGUAUCCACACAGGAGAGAAACCGUACAUUUGUGACGUGUGUGACAAGUCAUUCAGACAAAGUUAUCAGAUGACGGUACAUCAAAAGACGCACACAGCAGAGAAACCAAUCCGUGUCCGUGUGAUGUGUUUGACGAGAGACUCGUAAAAACUGACUGACGGUACACUAGCGGACGCAUACGUUGAAGAUGUUAGAUAAAAUAUGAUAAUCGACAAAGGUCAAAUUAUCAAAAAUUUCUUUUUCGAAUUUUGUUGGUUUGAUUAAUAUUGAUAAUGAUCAAGCCUUUGAAUAUAACUGAAUA